AUGGCACCUAGACUCCCUCCACCACCUCAACCUAAUGAGGCUGACGCGUCCAAGAACACUAGGCUGUUGGAAUCAGUGAUAGAUAGGUUACAACAGCAGAAUCAUACUCUGAUGGAACAGAACGCCACUCUGAUGCAGCAAAACCAGAAUGCUAUGCAGAGUAUGGAGGCCGCUCGCACCAACUCGGAAGCCACGCAGAGGCAAGUGAUGGAUAUCCUUGCCGCUACCAGGGGCACGGUAGGGGCGUCAUCUUCCAACGCUGCCCAGCCUGCUGCUGAAUGGAGUUUGGAGAGCUUCCUACAACACCACCCUGCCAAAUUCAAUGGAAAAGGUCUCCCGGAUGAAGCGGACCAGUGGUUGAGAGAUAUGGAAAGAAUUUACAACGCCAAAAGAUGUCCAGAUGACAACCGUUUGGCGUACACUGAAUACUUGCUGACUGGUGAAGCAAGUCACUGGUGGACGAGCAUGAAAGCCAUCUUGACGGACGCUCAGAGUCCCAUUACUUGGGAGGUUUUCAGAGCUAAAUUCUAUGAAGAGUAUUUCUCGGACAGCGUGCGCUUUGUUAAGGAAGUUGAGUUUCUACAGUUGAUACAAGGGGGAAUGUCCGUCUCGGAGUACACCAACAAAUUCAAGCACCUGGUCCGUUUUAAUACCAUGGCAACAAGUGAAGAAUGGCAAUGCAGGAAGUUUGAGAACGGACUGAGGAGUGACUUGAAAGUGUUGAUAUCCAGUCUGUGUAUUAGAUCCUUCCCUGUUAUGGUUGAGAGAGCAAAGGUACUGGAGAAGAACGUUGCUGAGGCCGAGUAA